GCCUCUCUGUUUUCCGAAACUUUUACAAUCCAUCGUCCUCCGGUAAUUGUGAUGAACUGCUUGUCUCAAGUUUCGUCCUACACAACCGCCAUUUUCAGAACCAAGUCCUGCUUCGUCGCGGCGGCGAGUUCUUCUCUAUGCGCACCUCUUCCCUGGAGAACAAAAUUCAACCGUCCGAUUGGGAUUAAGUCUAUCAACUUAGAAUCAACGAAAUUCCAUGUCCAGCUCUACUCCUCUCGAAGCGAAAGCAGCAGCAGCAGCAAGACGACGUCGCUUCAUUCGCGGAGAAAUUCCGGACCCGAACCGGUUACUGAACCGGAAAAAGACGCCUUUUAUGUAGUUCGCAAAGGGGAUAUCGUCGGUGUUUAUAAGAGCUUCAGCGAUUGCCAGGCCCAGCUUGGUUCUUCGAUAUUUGAUCCUCCCGUUAGUGUGUACAAAGGGUACUCUUUGACUGAGGAAACUGAAGAUUAUCUCGUUUCGUUUGGACUUAAGAACGCAAUUUACACCAUCAGAGCUGAGGAUUUGAAGGGCGAUCUUUUCGGCAAGCUUCUGCAUUGCCCUUGUCAAGAUCCAACAUCUUCAAAAGAUGAAACAUCUGCGCUGGAUGCAUCCGAAAAGAGACCCCAUGAAGUGCCUGGGUCGGAAAAUGUGGAAGUAAUUGGUUCAACUUCCAUAUUAGAAGAUCAAUUCAGAAAGCAUGUCGAAAUAGAACAAUUCACUGAAUCGCUACCCUUGGACACUGAGUCUUGUAUUCUUGAGUUUGAUGGUGCAUCAAAAGGAAAUCCUGGACUAGCGGGUGCUGGAGCUGUGUUGCGAGCUGAUGAUGGAAGUUUGAUUUGUAAAAUUCAUGAAGGUCUUGGUGUUAGAACCAAUAAUGUUGCUGAGUACCGAGCUCUGAUUCUAGGGCUAAAAUAUGCUCUUAAGAAAGGUUUUACUAAGAUUCGUAUCAAGGGUGACUCCAAGCUCGUCUGUAUGCAGGUUCAGGGAUUAUGGAAGGUCCGAAACCAAAACAUGUCUGAUUUGUGUGAAGAGGUGAAGGAACUGAAGGAUAAAUUUGUCUCGUUCCAGAUCAGUCAUGUUCUCAGGGAACAAAAUUCGGAGGCAGAUGCUCAAGCAAACUUGGCAGUCCGUCUUAGCGACGGUCAAGUCCAAGAGGAGGAGUUUGGGAAGAUCUUUGGCCUUCCAGCUGUGUGUAUGACGACCAGUGUGGCUUCGGUGGUGCUUUGCUACUAUGUGGUUCAUGUGGCAUUAAUUAGCAGCACAGGAAUGAUUUCAGCUGAGAAACCUACCCCCAUUCCCCAUCUGCUAACGUUUCUAUCUUUCAAGGUAGAGCCGGGGAGCGGCGCCCGCGGUCAUAUAACUCGUGAUGCAAAGGGAAAUUCAGUUUUGCAAACUCGCACCCCGCAAAGAUGGGACUUGGAAGCCUCAGCAUACAGAAAAGGAACGACAGCCGGUGCCGCCGCUAAAACCCCUCAAAAACCAGAGCCAAAGAUGACGGCGGCAAGGCUGAUCAGAUUGCUGCCGAAACUUACAAAAACAAGAGCUUCACUUUCUUCUCCAUCUCCUUCGUUUAAAUGUCUAUUUUCUUCCAAAACACCGUUUCCGCAGGACAUCGUUUCGAGCACAGCUGCCGACCUCGCUGACAUGGGCGAAGAAGAAGAUGACGACGUGCCCAUCUACUCUAACCCGACUGCUUCCGCGGCGGCGAAGAUCAUGCUACCCACUAUCCUUCAGCCAGGCGUCGUGGUGUACGAUGGGGUCUGCCAUCUGUGCCAUGGAGGGGUGAAGUGGGUGAUCAAAGCAGACAAGUACAGGAAGAUCAAAUUCUGCUGCGUCCAAUCGGAAGCUGCCGAGCCUUACCUGAGAUUGUGUGGUCUUGAUCGAGAGGACGUUCUUCGUCGAUUUUUGUUCGUCGAAGGCCCGGGGCUUUACCACCAAGGCUCUACUGCUGCAUUGAGAGUAUUGUCUUGCUUGCCUCUCCCUUACUCUGCUUUGAGUGCUUUCAUGGUGAUCCCGACUCCUCUGAGAGAGAUGAUCUAUGAUUACGUUGCCAAGCGGCGCUACGACAUCGGUGGCAAGUCCGAAGAUUGCUUGGUUUUGCAAGAGAAAGAGCUGCUGGAGCGUUUCAUUGAUAGGGAAGAGCUGAUGGAUCGAGCUCCCCCGGAUUUGUAAUCAGUUUUAUGAAUGUGUUACUUGGUUUCACUCAAGUGCUUUUGGAAGUGUCAAACUGAGUAGCAUUGUCUUAAAAUGAUAUAUUACUCGUAAUUUCGCGUCGACUGCACUCGGGACGCUAAUGCGGCUGCCAAACUAAUAACGCAUUGUCGUUGUGGUGUCCCGAUCUAUCCACAAACCAAUGUCGACAGGAUAAUAUGGUUUCAAUCCAGGGUGUCAUGUUUUCUAACUUUUUAACGAUUAUUUUGUGGAAUUGUAUUGGGAUUAUUAUGAUAUUAUGAAAAAUAUGUAAUUAUCUUGAGCA